ACCCAGGUCGCGCGAGAGCUCAGGCGCAAGUGUCGCGAUAAGUGGGCGCGGGCGGAGCGGAGGGAGAGCUGAGCAGCGGCGGCGGCGGCAAGCGGACCGUGGGCCGCUGAGAAGGAAAGCAACCAUGGAAGACCUAGGGGAAAACACCACGGUUUUAUCCACCCUGAGGUCUUUGAACAACUUCAUCUCUCAGCGUGUGGAGGGAGGAUCUGGACUGGAUAUUCCCACCUCGGCCCCAGGUUCUCUGCAGAUGCAGUACCAGCAGAGCAUGCAGACCAUCAGCACACUGAAAGGGGAGGAGCUCAGAACUGCAGUGUAACGUGAUGGAUCAGAAGAUGAGGGUGAAGCACCUGGAGUCAGAGAAGCAGGAGCUCCAGGAGCAGCUGGACCUGCAGCACAAAAAAUGGCAGGAAACCAGUCAGAAAAUCCAGGAACUCCAGGCCAGCCAAGAAGUGAGAGCAGACCAAGAGCAGCAGAUUAAGACCUGCCAAUGCCCCAGGCCGUCGAGCCCCAGGCCAUUGUGCAGCAGGCCCCAGCCCCCAGUUGAAUGCAGAUGCCGCAGGGGAACCCACUGCUGCUGACCCACAGCCUGCAGGAGCUGCUGGCCAGGGACACUGUGCAGGUGGAGCUCAUUCCGGAGAAGAAGGGCCUCUUCCUGAAGCGUGUGGAGUAUGAGGUUUCCAGCCAGCGCUUCAAGUCCUCCGUGUACAGACGGUACAACGACUUCGUGGUCUUCCAGGAGAUGCUCCUGCACAAGUUCCCCUACCGGAUGGUGCCUGCCCUGCCACCCAAGAGGAUGCUGGGAGCUGACAGGGAGUUCAUCGAGGCCAGGAGGAGAGCUCUGAAGCGCUUUGUCAACCUGGUGGCACGGCACCCCCUGUUCUCCAAGGAUGUGCUUCUCAAGCUCUUCCUGUCCUUCAGCGGCUCGGACGUGCAGAACAAGUUAAAGGAAUCAGCACAGUGUGUUGGGGACGAAUUCAUGAACUGUAAGCUGGCUACCAGGGCCAAGGUUCUUGAAGCUGGUGUGUGCUUCCUUUCAGCGUAAAGGGUUCCACACUGCCAGGAGUCACUGCAAGAAACGGACAGGUGCUGAGCACCUGUGGCUGACUCGGCAUCUUAGGGACCCAUUUGUGAAGGCUGCGAAGGUGGAGAGUUAUCGAUGUCAAAGCACCUUCAAGCUCUUGGAGAUGAACGAGAAGCACCAGAUUCUGCGGCCCGGCCUUCGGGUGUUAGACUGUGGGGCAGCUCCUGGGGCGUGGAGUCAGGUGGCAGUGCGGAAGGUCAAAGCCGCAGGCACAGAUCUCAGCUCUCCUGUUGGCUUCGUGCUUGGGGUGGAUCUUCUUCACAUAUUUCCCCUGGAAGGAGCAACUUUUCUGUGUCCUGCUGAUGUGACUGACCCGAGAACCUCACAGAGAAUCCUAGAGCUGCUUCCUGGCGGGAGAGCAGAUGUGAUUCUGAGCAACAUGGCGCCCAAUGCCACAGGGGUCCGGGACCUCGAUCACGACAGGCUCAUCAGCCUGUGCCUGUCCCUCCUGGGCAUGACCCCAGACAUCCUCCACCCUGGGGGAACCUUCCUUUGUAAAACAUGGGCUGGAAGUCAAAGCCGUCAGUUACAGAGGAGACUGACAGAGGAAUUCCAGAGCGUAAGGAUCAUCAAACCAGAAGCCAGCAGGAAAGAAUCGUCAGAAGUGUACUUCUUGGCCACACAGUACCGUGGAAGGAAGGGCGCUGUGAGGCAGUGAGGACUUCCUGUGCCAUUUUCAUAGUGGUUAUUAGCUCCUUUUAAGCUCUAAAUGUAGGCUGAGCUCCUUCCUGAAGAGUUCCUGGGAGAUCUGAGCUGAUCUGGGAGAUGGAGCAGGACAAGCGGGGAGUUUUUUUUUCUCUCUCUCCCUCUCUCUCUCUUUAAACAAAAAGAGAUAACAAAAGUAAAUUCAGGGCCUGUGGAAAAUGAAAAAGUUCUCUAUAUCAUGAUUUAUGAAGAGAAGGUUACCAAGAAAAAGAGAUAGGUGAGGAUAGAAGGAUGAAGAAAGACAGACUAUGGGAAGGAUCGGAAGGGAUUCGUUGAGGCAGGGAUGGGUGUGCCCAUGUGUGCCUUUGUGUGACUUCAUCUUAUAGACUGUUAAACUGUCACAUAGAAACAGGCUUAAGAACGCCAUCCACAGGUUUCCAGUUCUUCGUUUGGCUGUUUAGUGUAAAGUAGAAAAAUCUGGGGGCUGGGUGAGGCUACUCAUGCCUGUAAUCCCAGGGCUUUGGGAGGCUGAGAUGGGGAUCACUUGAGGUCAGGAGUUCGAGACCAGCCUGACCGCAGGUGCCCCCCACCUCUACAAAAAUGGAGAAACAACCAAACCAGAAGAAAAAUCUGAAAUUUCCAUCUGGGGGAUGAACUUCUGUCUUUCUGGUGAAUAAUCUAGAAAUUCAUGCAUUCUUCAAGCAGCAAGAGUUCCCAGAGCAAUUAGGGAAGACGUAUCGUUUGAAUUUAUGCAUGUGGUGAGUGUGCUUUGGUUUGUGCUGGAAAUAACUAUUGGUGUCUGGGCUCCCAAGACCAUAAAGGUAAUUGCCAAAGCA